AUGGCUGCCAAAGGAUCAUGCCGGAGAUGUCUGCAGUUGACUACGGCUGCAGCUGCUCCUACGACAAUCCGCGCACCUAUUCGAAAAGCAUUCUCGACAUCAGUAUCGCGCAAUUUGCAACGAUCAGGUAGCCAACAGCGUGCAACUCCGACUACAGAAGCAUCACGAUCCAACUGGUCUAACACAGGCUCCAACUAUGUGAGCUCAAAUCAGGCAGCCUCAGACUUGCACGACGAGCAAUCGACUCGCGUUCUGCUCCGCAAGAACAACCUCUUUCAUCCCUUCAGCAAGUCCCCUUCAUCGCGGAUACGAAAGCGAGCUGCUUUCAUGCGACAGAAUGCAUACUGUCCUCAUCCUGAUCACCGAGCGACUCGAGCUGCCACCUCACCCAACGAUCUAGAACUCCGAAAGACAGGCUCAAUGGCCCCUGCGCAUGUACACUAUGAAUGUCCGGAUUGUGGUAUACCAGUAUCCUGUAGCGAAGAGCAUUUCGUGGAGGACUACGAGAGCCAUCUUGAGAUCUGUCACAUUCUGCGGCAGAUUAACGAGGACGAUCAUGAUCUCGUGAGCGGGCGAUUCUUUGCAGAAUACAACUAUCCGGGCGCUCAGAUUGAUGAGGCACAGGCGAACUUGACAAAUUGGGAUACCAUGAUGUACAGUCGAGAAUUCGAGGCAGUCAACGACGAGCGAGCCCUUCGACAGGUCACACGUCUCCUGACAUAUCCAAUCACCAUUGCCAGUGUGCUGCACGAGCUCAGUCCAUACGGCCUCAAGAAUGGAAUCACACCCGAGGGUCUCCGUUCGCUCAGCGCGCUACGAUAUACUCUUCAUCCUCCCCGGACUGGUGCCAAUGCCGAUAUCAAAGGUCUGCGACCGAAUCCUCCACCCGUUCGUCUCUUCAUCCUCGGUGCACGUGCAGAAUCAAGUCUUCCACGCGAAGUAUGGCUGCAACUUGCACAUCUCUUCCCACGCUCGACAUUCCAUCUUGUAUUCAUCGGACCGGAAUCAAUGGCGUCUCGGGAGCAUGAAUUUCCACUCCCAGAGCGCACUCCAGGAAACCCAUUUGGCGCAAUUGUCGAGGAUAGACUGGGUGGUGCGAUGAAGAUUUCCACAUACGUCGACUACUUCCACACUCUACACAACGCGCAACACUUCUAUCCUUACGAUCCUUAUUUCGAUGCCUUCGUGCUGUUCCAUCCGGGUCUCGGACACCCAGCCACCUCCCACGAGUGGGCAGAGACCUUACCGCAGCUGCUAGAGACCAAGGUACCUAUCAUCUGCACUGGCUUCACCGAGUACGAUAUGCAGCGGGACAUCGAGUGGGUCACAAAGCAAGCACGAGGCGAGAUGGACAUAAUCAUUAACCCAAUGGAGAAUCGAUUCAGAAGUCUAAGGUGGGAUCUGAACGAUCUCGAUCCAGGUGACAUCAAUUGCGCAAACUAUGGCGUGUGGGGAUUCCGAGGCAAGCGCUACGAGACGGACGAAUAUCGCGGCGGGCAGCAGCAGCAGCAGUAG